AUGAACCUCGUCCGUCCGCGUCCCAUAUGGCGGGCACAACAGCGCGAAAGAGUGGAGGACAGGAGAUGGCCUGGUUGGGAAGUCGUCAUUGGCAUCGAAGUGCACGCACAAAUCAAAUCGCGGAAAAAGUUGUUUUCUGCUCAUACCAACGAGGCUCCCAACACGGCUGUGUCUUGUUUUGACGCUGCACUUCCUGGAACGCUGCCCAGCCUGAAUCCGAAAUGUGUAGAACUAGCGGUCCGCACUGCACUAGCCCUGAAUGCACAUGUUCAGCGGCGUUCAGCAUUUGAUCGGAAACACUAUUUUUACCCCGACCUUCCUUCUGGCUACCAGAUCACUCAGCGGUAUGCACCGUUGGCGAGAGGAGGUUAUUUGAAGCUCUCUCGCGGUGAUGUCACUGUCCGUAUCACACAAUUACAGUUAGAACAAGAUACCGCGAAGUCAACGUUCCAUGCUGACCGACGCGUUUCACUCGUAGACCUGAACCGGGCGGGAUCCGGCCUGAUGGAAAUUAUUUCUGAGCCCGACAUGAGGUCACCGGAAGAGGCAGGAGAUUAUGUUCGAACUCUACAGACAUUGUUACGUGCGGUUGGAUCCAGCGACGGUAGCAUGGAACUCGGCUCUUUGCGAUGUGAUAUCAACGUGUCGGUGAAUCGCCAUGGACAGCCACCUGGAACGCGGUGCGAAAUCAAAAAUUUGAAUAGCAUCAAAUUCACGAUGACGGCCAUCACCUCUGAGGUCUUCCGUCACAUUGAACUUCUGGAGAGUGGGCGAACGGUCCCUCAAGAGACACGUGGAUUCGAUGAGGACAAGGCAGAGACGUUUAAACUACGGAGCAAAGAAGAUUCGCCGGACUACAGGUACAUGCCGGACCCCAAUCCUCCCACCGCUGCUUCUCUCUCAGGUGAGUGCCAUGAAUCAGAAUACAUCGAGCGCGUCCGGUCCUCUAUGCCGGAGCUUCCCAGUGAAACACGCGUGCGCCUUCUUUCUAUGGGCUUGUCAGAGCGUGACGCAGACGUUCUCAUGACCGUCGAUGCUGGGCGUGAGGUCGGAUUUGAUGGAGAAAUUGGAAAGGGCGCCGUUGCCUACUUUACUGAUCUCGUUUGCGGGCGGGAUCCCAAGAUAGUAGAUGACUCACGAUCUCCUCGGCCAGGCUGGCCUGCGCGCAAAGAGACUUUUAGCGAUAAUCCUGUGUCAGUAAAACACAUGGGUGAGCUUAUAGACAUGGUGCAAAGUGGCAAAGUGACAGGUACGUCGGGCAAGACGCUCUUACGCCACAUGAUAAGCCACAGGUCACUCGAUUCCCCUUCGAAGCUAGCUAAGGAACUAGGUCUUAUCGCGCUUUCCCGGGACGACUCUUCGUUGGUCAAAGAGUGGUGUUUGGAAGCAAUUGAAGAGCUUCCCCAACAAGCGGAGGCUGUGAAGAAGGGAAAUCUCCCUGUUUUAAACAAACUUGUUGGCAAGGUCAUGAAAUUGGGUAAAGGUCGAGCGAACGCGGAGAUAGUACGGACGUUGCUCUUGGCGUUACUGAGGCAGGAGCGUUAA